AUGACAUCCACACCACACAAUACAUAUGAUUUCAUAAUCGUAGGAGCUGGUCCUGCAGGUCUCUCGCUUGCAGCUCGUCUCUCAUCAUCAUCUUCUCAUCCAUCCGUUCUUUUAAUCGAAGCUGGGGGACCAAAUAACGAUCAAGAAUAUCUCGUCCCCGCUGAAAGAUUCACAUUAUUUGGAACACAACCCACCUUAAACUGGGGAUACAAAACAGAACCAUGUGAGCAUUUAGCUGGACAACAAAUAGAUUAUUCUAGAGGAAAAGGAAUUGGUGGUAGUACCGCUAUAAAUUUCUCAUGUUGGGUAAUAGGUGCAGCCGAAGAUUACGACGCAUGGGCUGAGAAAGUUGGUGAUGAUGCUUGGUCAUGGAUUAAUGUUAAAGAAAGAUUUAAGAAAAUCGAACAUUACCAUGACGAAGUAGCAGAUCAAUAUCGAGAAUUCGUGGACCCGAAACCAGAAGAUCAUGGCACGAGUGGUCCUCUUCAUCUUUCCUAUGCUCCUGUUUGGGAAAAAGGACUUACGGAUGUUUUUAUAGCGGCAAAACAAGCGGGUUUACCGUUAAAUACUGAUGUUAAUUCGGGAAAUCCAAUUGGAAUGGGAAUGGGUUCUUCAUGUAUGCAUGAGGGACUUCGAACAACCGCUUCUUCAUAUUUAUCAUUAAUGGGUCCACGAUUUGAAACCAUUUUAAACUCACCAGUUGCAAAAAUCCUAUUUGAUGGAAAGAAAAUGAAGGGUAUUAGGACGAUUGAUGGUCGAGAAUACUAUGCACAUAAAGAUGUCAUUUUAUCAGCUGGUGCGCUAAAUAGUCCUCAAACCCUCAUGCUUUCAGGAAUAGGUCCUGCUUCUGAACUUCAAAAACAUAAUAUUCCUAUUGUUAAAGAUCUUCCACAAGUAGGAGAGAAUCUUCAAGAUCAUGGUUUUACAACUACGAGCCUUUUGCUCAAGGAAGGAUCAAAUGAUCGGAUGGAAUUUGAGAUGAGUGAAGAAAUGAAAAAGACAGCAAAGGAAGGUUGGAUCAAAGAUAAAAGUGGAAAAUUGGCUGAAUUGUAUUGCGGUGUUCCAAUGGGAUGGUUUAGGAAUGAUAGAGUUUUGGAGUCGAAAGAAUUUGCAGAGUUACCAGAGGAGAAGAAGGCAUUUAUCAGAAAGGAGAAUGUUCCCAUUUUUGAAAUCGCUACUCACGUUCCACCUCUCUAUACAGGAACCCAUAUCCUCUCGCCAAAAGACUGCUACUUAACCUGUCUCUCAUUCAUCAUGAAUCCACAAGCUACAGGUAGCAUUACACUUUCCUCCUCCAAUCCCUCUGAUCCACCGAUAAUCAACGCAAAUUUGAUGAAUCAUCCAUAUGAUCGAAGAGUAUUAAUCGAAGCGGUGAGAAAGACGUUGGAAUUCUUAGACACGCCAAUUUUUAGAGAGAAGACUAUUAAGAUGAUUGGUGUUCCUGAGGGUGGUGUUGAGGCAGGGGAUGAGGAGAUUUGGGAACACUGUCGUAAGAAUCUCUUCAGUAGCUGGCAUAUCUGUAGUACAGUCCGUAUGGGCAAAGACAAAGACGAGAAUACAGCAUGUGUAGAUACGAAUUUCAGGGUAUUAGGAGUAGAGGGAUUAAGAGUUGUGGAUUGUAGUGUGCUUCCGCUUUUGCCUAAUAACCACACACAAUCAACAGCGUACCUAGUAGGUGAAACGGCAGCUGAGAAGAUGAUUGCACAAUAUGCUCUGGAUUCAGUUUAG